AGAUCCGGUCGGCUCAAGCCCAGAGGCCCAGAAGCCUCGUGGGUCUAGCAUGAGGGAAGCCGAGCAGGUGUUUCGGGUACUUUUGGUGGCUGGCAUGAGUGCGCUGCUUCCAAAUCUGAAAGGCGGCAGCUUGUCGAGGCCUCACUUUGACGCGCUGGCGUGCCAUGAUGCUGCCGCCUCCGGCGCCAGCUGCCAAGUCUGCGAGACAAAGUUCAAGCUGUGCAAGGGCCAUUAUGUCUAUGAGCCGUUUACGGUGGUUCUGUUUGAGGCCAUCCUCACAGUGCUGCUGGGUGUGCUGGCGACUUUUCUCGCAGUUUCCACUCGCCGCGGGGUGCAGCUGUUGCUGGAUUGGAGGUCGGUUGGGCUGAUUUUGCCGGUGGGGGCAAUCUAUGCUGUGGGGGAUUUGAUGGACUUGGCCGCCGCGCGGAGCGUUUCUGGCACGACUUUGCUGGUGGCAGCCCAACUGAGACUGCCGCUCUGCGCACUGCUGCGAUGGGUCUUGUUGAGGCGUGGCCAAUCAGCGCUGCAAUGGCUGCUGCUCUUGGUCAUUUCCCUGCUCUGCGUGGGCCAUGUGGUGCAUGACUUGGGUGACACGGUUGUGGCAGGAGAGGUUGGCGCAGAAGGCUCUUGGAUUGCAGCCUCAGCUGACGAGCUCCUCCGGUCGCUGCCCCUCAUCCUGGGCAAAUGUAUCAUCAGCUGUGGAGGGGCGGUGCAUGCCGAGUACUUCCUGCAGCAUUCGGCGAUGCCGCUGUGGGUCACGCAGGUGCACUUCAAGUUUGCCACCAUUUUAGGGGCCCUGGCCGUUGCAGCGUGGCAAGGCCGGAGGGGCGGGCGCAUCUUUGCGAGUACCUGGGAUGGCCACCUCUUCUCCCACCUGCCGCCCAGCACCUUGCCGGGAGAUCCCAGGGUGCCAUUCUUCGGGGGCUGGGAUGGGAACACCUGGAUCCUGGCAGCUUGCUUGAUCCUGAACAACUUCCUGGUGGCAGAACAGAUGCGAAAGCUCACCUCUGUCUCAAAGCGCCCGGGCCGCGGGUUUUGGACAGCUCUCGGUCGUACGUGGCCUACGCCUUUGGGCUGGUGAUGAGCUACCUGGCGCAACUCUACGAGGGCCGCGGCUUCCGCUGGGAGCAGGCGGCCUCGUGUCUCGGCAUCGCCUUGGCGGCGGUGGCGUACAUUUCGGUGGCGCCUGGAAAGGCCAAGCAAGGCUGAGAGCGAGCCCUUCUCACGCGGGUUUGUCUUUAAGUUGGGGGCCCCAAAC